UAAUGAGCCACCUGCGGGGCAGGAUGCACCAGGAGGCGGUGCGCCAGGCGAAUCUCUCGCCGGCCGAAGUCGAGCAGUUCAAUUUGGAGCAGAUCGUGGAGGCGCCGGCUGAGCGGGAGGAUCCCAAAGUGGAGGCGGCGAAAGAGCGGGGGAAAUCCCACCGGAAGCGGUGCAAGAAGAUCAGACAGCGGAUGACGGUGAAGGCGGCCGAAUUCGAGACCGGUUACAAACCGAACGUCACCGACGGCGCCAACAAACGAAGCAUGAACAGGAGCAUCAAUACGAUCGGUUCGAUCACGAAUCAAGCCAGCCAAGGCCUGUCGCCGGCCGUUUCGAGCCAAUUGGACAGAAUUUUGAACGAAUUGUCCCGUCUGUUGAACAAAGGCGCCAAAGGCGAUUUGGACAUAUUCCAAAGCGUCGGCGGUUUCGCCGUUUUGGGCAAAUUGCUCGCCUUGGGACAGGACGGGAACUGCUCGUUGCCCGUCAAAUCGAUGAUCAUUUGCUGUAAUCUGUGGCAGAUCGCUUGCAGAGGAGCGAACGGCAGUAAUAAUUGCCAGUACGUGAUACUGUCCAAUCGAUUGGUGCCCGUCAUCGAUCUUCUCAACGCCAAAUUAUCGAAUAUAGAUAUUAAAGAGGACGUGUUGCCUUCGGAGCCGCUUUGCACCGCUCUAAUGCAACUCGUCGCCGUCGUUUUGAAAAACGCUCCGUCGGGAUGCCCUGCCAGUCGAAUACAGGACAUCGUCAGUUUCUCAGUGUGCGUAGGCGUCGUAGAACAACUGGCGAAAUGUUGUUUAUCAGUACGAGGACCGGUUCACGACAUGCCGAAUACUUGCUCGUUUCUCUUGGCCGCCUUAGAAUUUCUCGCCGCUUUGGCGGAUCACGCGCCUGAAGAUUCCGAUGCCACGCAUUUGGUGAGCACUUUAUUAGCCACCGAAUUGCUGGGCUGCGUAUCCAUGUUGUACGGGCUGCUCCUGCCGCCCGAUUCGACGCCCAGGGUGGACGGGCAACGGCCCCCCACACUGCCCAAACCCUGUCUCGAUCUCGCCUCGGUCACCUUCAGGUUGAUGAAGAGAGUGGCCGAAUUGGACAUCGAAAAAUUCCAGGUGGCUUUGGGCGCCGAAGGCAUUUCGCUGCAAUUCCGCCACAUAGCGGGCCAUUUGUUGUGGUGUUGCGCAACGCCGGCCCUGCCCAAGUGCCAGCGCGGCAAAGACGCCGACGUCGACGACGGCGACGCCGACGCCGAAUCGGCCUAUCGGGAUUUGCUGCACCAGGUCGUCAUGGUGACCGGCUAUUUCGCCGUCGAAAACAACGAUAAUCAGAUUUUGGAAGAUUUCCGAAAUUCCGAGAGCGGCCGGCAACACCGCUUGGUCAAAUUGUUGUCCUAAAGGGAAGAGAUGGAGAGUGCAAUGUGGUCGGUAUUUUUUAAGGUAAUAAAACGAGGAAAUGUAUGGAGGAUUCGGCAACGUCGCAAUCGUGAAAAUUCCGGAAAAUAUUAGAGAGUAUUAUUUUUUUUAUAUUUUUUUUGUUAGAUUUCUUUCUU